AUUUAUUUUCUCAUUUUUCCCGCGAUUUUUCCUCAUCUCGCGCCCAUUUUCUCGUUAUUUUGGUCGUUGAUGAUUUUGUGCCAACUUCACAAUCCUCACAGCGCAUCUGCGCGCCAUCUACAUUCGUCAAUUUCCGAGAAAAGUCAUUGCAAUGGUGUCUCCCACAAGCGAAGAGUUUUCUUCGUGUAAAUAUCACCUCAGAAUGUGAAGAAAACCCCCGAAAAUAACAAUAGUGUCCACCCACACAACUGACGGCAGACGGUGGAGUGCUGAAAAAGUGAAAAUUGUUUGUGAAUAGUGCGUUAAAGAGGGUAAAAAGUGAGUUGGGAAAAUCUACGUCGCCUUGCCUCAAUUCCAGGAAUUCCGAUUUGAACACAGAGAAGAAAAACACUUGUAUUGCGCAGACUUUCUUCUUUUUGCGCUCUCUCUCCUCCUUUUUCUCGGUAUUUCGUGGAUUUCUUGUGAAUAAUUAAGUCGAUGCACUGUGUGAAUGGCUGUGGCCCAUCACUGGCCCCAAUGAGGGCUUCCCGGACGAUCUGAGGACCCCCGCAGUGUAGCCAGGAACUGUUUCCGGGAAUCCGAUGAGUGACUGUGUUGGCGAUUCUGAACGAUAACCCGCGGAAAAAGGGGUGAAAAGUGAAGAGACUUUGCAGGUAUUAUCUAUUGAAGGCAGAAAAAUGGAUAAGAUUUAUUGGAAUCUCACGAGAGUCGCCAGACUACAAAUGUGGCUGAUCGUCUUCUGUCUUCUGCACGUGACUCUUACUGCGAGUGCAGAUUUAGGAGAUAUUUAUCCACGGGAGGUGAAUUUACGCGUUGGCGAGCCACUAAACCUGACUUGUAACAUAAAUUGGGCGAUGGCGAGGGAUUUGAAUCCAUCCUUCAAUGAGAGUGACUUGGACUUGUUGUUCUUCAGAAUGGAUGGCAAAAUCGUGGAUCAGUCAUCAAUUAGGGUGCGCAAUAGCUCAGCUAUUGAUCUAUACAUUCCGGAGAUGAAUACACCGGGUGGGUAUAGAUUUGUCUGCGGUCUGGACAAGAUAAAGAAGAUUGAAAGGACAAAGAUCGCGAUUGAGAAGAGGAAAUCUAUGUGUCCACCCGAUGAAAUAUGCUAUAUUGGCGUGAAUCUUGUGCGUGUGAAUGUUGGCUAUGCACCAAAGCCAGUGAAGAAUUUCCGAUGCAUUUCAUACAAUUGGCUCAAGAUGAAUUGUACUUUCGAUAAGGAAGUAAAUUCGAUCUAUACUUACUACAAUCUCACGUAUAGACCGAAGGUGAUCGUGAGCAGAAUUUAUUCAAAAGAGUUAUUAAAUACAAAUAAUAACAGCACAUCGUACACUUUCGAAGUGGAUGACUACUAUAAUUCACACGAUUUAUACUCUUUCACGUUGGACAUAUCAAAUAUAUUGGGUAGUGUUCAACAGACAUUUGAGGUGGACACAUUUAAGUGCGUAAAACCCGAUCCGCCACUGAAUAUGAAUGUUACAAGACGAAAUCCAACUAAUGUGACACUGACAUGGUAUUUGCAUUACAAUUUGAAUCCGUUUGAACCGGGAUUCAUUCACGAGGGCAUCAUUAUUAGGAGUCCCAAUGAGAUGGGUAUCACGGAGAAGUACAAGCUUAACAUGAAAGAGCUGAGGGAGGAAAAAUUUGGCAUGUAUUCGCUGACUAUUAAUAAUUUGUAUGCGCACAUGUGGUAUGAAGUCCAAAUAAGAUUGCACGUGCCAAACGCUACUCGUGAAGAAGUGUGGUCAAACUAUACGAAGUUUCAGUUCCAAACUCUGGCCAAGAUUCCAGAUCGGCCACCGGAAGUGAACAUUGGCAGUUUCUGUGUAAAUGAUCACAAUGAUAUUUGGCUGUAUUGGAAGCAACUGCCGCUGGAGGAGCAGAAUGGAAACAAUUCGCACUAUGUAAUCAGCAAUAUUAAGAGUACUGAUGGAACUGAAUUACCCAUUCCUGCUCACAAUUUGACGACCAUUAUGGCCAAAUUAAUAAGUAUGCCAGACAAAGACUACAUCUUCACCAUUCGCAGCGCCAAUUCUGAAGGGGAAUCGAUUAAUUCGAGCACAAUUUACGUGCCGAAGCAGUCAAAACGCUUUCCAAAACCGGAAAAACUGAAGAAGUACAGCAUUGAUUACAAGUACAAGUUGACUUGGUCGCCGCCGAAUUCGCGUCGGGAUGAAUUGGUCAGCUAUACAGUGUUCUGGUGCGAGUCCAAAACGAACUAUCCCAGUGAAUGCAAUGGACCAGUGUCUUUUGAAACAGUCGAUACGUCUGUUCGUGAGUUCGAACUCGCCAAUACGAAGGCUAUCAAUUUGGCGUUGUCGGCAAACUCUCUCUAUUCUAGCUCCGGAAUGAUUUGGGCGAUGUGCACUGCGUCCAAAAGUGACGAAAUCGGGAAAAUCAACUCGGUUUAUGUAUCAAAAAUGGAUGCUACUUAUAUGGAGAUUCAGUGGAAUGUGGACUGCAUAGAUACGCCAAUUGUGGCCGGAUAUACUUUGACCUAUUGUCCAAUUACGGCGCCGAAGAAUCUCUCAUGCAAACCAGGAACGGAAAUUACGACCAAUUUCACUGGAACAACGCAGUAUAACAUCACAGGGUUGACGCCCUACACGACAUACAAGACAACAAUUGCCAUGUACUCGAAAACAAGAAUGGGCAGAGCGAGUGAGCCUCUGGUUAAUACGACUCUGGAAGCAGCUCCGACGCCGCCGAGAAAUCUUAAUAUUCGUGAUCAAACAAACACUUCGCUGGUUAUUAGCUGGGAUGCUCCAGAAAGGGCGAAUGGUUUCCUCAAGAAGUACAUUGUUUGGUGCAACAGCACAGAAUAUUCAGUAUUUCUAGGUAUUCAGGAGAACAAAACAAUUGUCUACACCAUUGAAAAUCUGCGUUCGUACAGCGUAUAUGAGAUUGGCGUUGUGGCGUGCACAAUAGGAUGCUCGAAUAUGAGUGAAAGUGUCACUGUGCAAACGAAAAUGGGAGUGCCUGGCCGAAUAAAGUUAUCGCCGAAUGCAAUGAAUCCAAGGUAUGAUGACUACGUUGUGCUGUCGUGGGAAAGGCCUGAAUAUGCGGGCGGGAAUCUUGAUUACUACGAAAUCUUCACGACGAUAUCCUUGACUGGCAAUAAGACGGAGGAAUAUCUAACGAAACUGAAUGCCACCAACUGUUGGAUGCAUCGUCCGUGCCAGAAGUCCUGGAAAGGCAUUGAGUUGAGUAUUCGCGCUGUGAAUGUUGUGAGAAGUGCUCAUUUGAUUGCCGGUGUGGGAAAUAUCACAAAUGCUUCGAUGAUUAUCGAUUUUGGACUGCAAAAUACUGACUAUUCGGCGAUUCCACAAGAAAUCCAUGAUCUUCCGGCAUGCUGGGGCACAAGGGAUGAGCGCUUGGAGAAUUGGUUGCUGGAGGAUAAACAUCCGACGUAUUUGAAAAGUAAGGACACAGGAAUCUUCACGCACUCAUGCAGUCUUGGUCAGAGCAGUCCACUGCUCUACAUCUUCAUCAUCUUCGUGGGUGUGGUGGGAACGGCUGCGCUCGUGGUGUUUGGCUAUAGGAAGUGCAAAACGAUGAGUGACAUUAAGGUCGUGCUUCCGGACGCACUGAAUGACAUCAAUAAGGAUACAAAGUGCCCCAAGAUGGGCGAAAUGAUUGAUGGCGGCGUGCUGAGGACUGUGCCGAUACAUCACAGGGAGCCGAGAGUGCAGCAGGAUGAGCAGGAAAGGAGUUUGCUGCGCAAUCACAUGGAGUCGAGCAGCAGCAGCACCACGAGCAGCACCGCCAAUGUGGACAAUCAGAGUCAGUGUGAGUCUCACGAUGGGCCGCCCGAGGAGCUCGACUCAAUGGAGGAGCAUCACGAUGAGGAGGACGACAAAUCGUCAAUUGAAUCUCAACAGGAGCCGCCCGACAGUGUAUCCUUUGACGUGCUGAAGCCGGAAGAGGUGGAUGAGGUGAAGAUCCACCCAGUGGAUCCGCAGACGCACAAAGUCGCCCUCUGUGCGGGUGUUAAUCAAUACGUCCACUUUGCGAGGCCUUCGCAAGGAUACACGCAACUGGCGUCCUUGAAGGCGCCCAUUAAGACACCAAUGAUGGUGACUGAGACUGAUGAAACUGGAAUUUCAGGAUAUGUGACACGAAAGCAGCUUGCCGACUUCGGCCAACGAAUGUAAAGUGAAAGAUUUUUUGAGAUAUAAGAGAUUCUGAGACGAAAUCCAUGCUAAAUGACUCGCUUUUGAGCCAUUUUCGUUAUGGUUUUCACUCAUAGCUUGAUAUAUUUUAGAGUAAUAUUUUUUAUUUAUAUUUUUGAAUUAGGGAUUAUACACUAGAAGAAAUGUUCACAAUUUUGAAAAAAAAGGG